AUGUAUCCAUUUUUAGUGAUUACAAUUGCAAAAUAUUCCUUCAACAUUUCAGAUUUGCUGACUAAUAAAUCUUUAAUCUGUUCCGCGAAUUGUUCCAAGGAACUUUUGGAAGAUUUUUUCUUCAUCCCAAGCUUCGCAAGUUCUACCAGAGACAAAGCCGAGGAAAAUUUAAGCACUCCAUAUAAAGAUCGACGUCGCUCUGGAAUAAAACUAAUUUUUCAUCAACGCACCCGAUGA